UGCGCCAGCUGUUCUGCACUUAGGUCAGCCUGUGCCUCUCUUCGUCCCUGGGGGCAUCUGCACCUGGCAAACCCCAGCUUCUCGUCUGGACCAUGAAUAUUUCAGGUUUUCAACCAAGGACCCUCCAGUCCCCAACCAUACACCCUGCUGGAAACACUCUGGACCUGACAAUGCAAGAGGGACCAUCAACCUCUAGGGACUUGAAGCCAGAGCCUGAUGUUCAUGAAGAGCCGGAGGAGUCCUGUCCUGUCUGUGGUGACCGGGUGUCAGGAUAUCAUUAUGGACUGCUGACAUGCGAGAGCUGUAAGGGCUUCUUCAAGCGCUCUGUGCAGAACAACAAGCGCUACACCUGUGCAGAGAGGCAGAGCUGCCCGAUGGACCCAGCACAGAGGAAGAGAUGCCCUUACUGCCGCUUUCAGAAGUGUCUAGCUGUGGGCAUGAAGAGAGAGGCUGUACGGGCAGACCGAAUGAGGGGCGGACGGAACAAAUUCGGACCUCUGUACCGGAGGGACAGGCAACUGAAACAGCAGAGAGGAGGAUAUCACCAAGCAAACCCUGGUCCCUACAGGAUCAAACUGGAAAGACCUCAAGCACCCUUACAGCCUCAUGAGUUCCACCUCCUGCCUGGGGCUUUUCCAACUCCGCUAAGCUCUGAGCCCUUUCACCAACCACACACGCUUCCUCCCAGCAUCAGCCAACCAGAGCUCAUGGUUCUGGACUGCACAUUAAGCAGAGACAGAGCUUUAACCGCCCCAUCACUCUCCUGUGCUGGACUCUACCACCCCAACUUCCACGGUUUCCCUCAAGAAAAAAAAGAAAUGGCUUUCAGCUAUAGUCCUGCUACUCUGUGCACCAUUUCCACACCUGUGCUCAAUUCUAGCUCCACACACACACCGGCAUCUUUGACCCCUUGUUCAGAUCCAAUACCAUCUCCAUCCCUGACCCCAACCCUGACCUCCGACCCCUUUUCAUCUAACACAGCCUUCCUGAAUGAGCUAAUGCAGGGCGAGCCAGACGAGUCGCAGGUCUGUUCACGAGUGGUGGCCAGCCUGCGGAGAGAGCAGGCCAGCCGAGGAAAACACGACUGCCUCAACACCUUCAGCAUCAUGUGUAAAAUGGCCGACCAGACUUUGUUCGGACUGGUGGAGUGGGCGCGCAACUGUGUGUUAUUUAAAGAACUUAAGGUGGAGGAUCAGAUGGUGCUGCUGCAGAGCUGCUGGAGUGAACUGCUGGUGUUGGAUCAUCUGUGCCGCCAGGUGGCUUAUGGGAGAGACGGUAGCAUCUACCUGGUCACAGGGCAACAGAUUAAGGUGUUGACAGUGCUCUCGCAGGCGGGGGCCACACUGAGCAGUCUGGUGUCCAGAGCGCAGGAUUUGGUGUCCAAGCUCAGGGCUCUUCAUCUGGACAGACAGGAGUUUGUGUGUCUGAAGUAUCUGGUGCUCUUCAACCCAGAUGUGAAAUCUGUGCAGGACCGCAGGCAGGUGGAGCGCACCCAGGAGCGGGUGAACAGGGCUCUGAUGGACCACACUCUGCACACACACCCAGGCCAGUCGGAUAAAUUCGGCCAGCUGCUGCUCCGGCUGCCUGAAGUACGCAGCAUCAGCCUGCAGGUAGAGGAGUACCUGUACCAGCGCCACCUGCUGGGGGACUUGCCCUGUAACUCCCUGCUUACCGAGAUGCUGCACGCCAAGCAUACCUGACACCAUCUUGAAGCACAUCCUGUACAGAAGAAUAAUGCUUUUCUUUUUUGCACUUUCAGAAAUUGUUGUGACUUUUUUUUCUCCUGUUUUAAGGUCCUUAACAUUUUGACUCAGGACAAGGAGAAAAAAAAAAACAACACUUUAACCCUGACAGUAUUGCUAAACACUCCUGCAGUCCAAAUAAAACCCUGAAAACCAA